CUCUCUCGGCAGAAGUGCCCGCGCCGCGACCGAUCGCACUCAUGUAACCAACGGUACCCGCCCAUCGCAGAAUGAAGUGUCUGUGGUUUUUAGUGCUCACUGUUCUGUGUUUGAGGUGCGAAGCCGCCGGCAAGCCUCGGAGAGGACGCGGCAGUAUGUGGUGGGGCAUUGCCAAAGCGGGGGAACCAAAUAACCUGUCGCCUCUAUCGCCUGGAAUUCUGUCUAUGGACCAGGCGGUACACGCGACGCUGAGGAGGAAGCAACGACGACUGGCCAGAGAGAACCCUGGGGUCUUAGCGGCGGUCGCCAAAGGUGCCAACAUGGCGGUAGCCGAAUGCCAACACCAAUUCAAACACAGGAGGUGGAACUGUUCAACCAGAAACUUUUUGAGAGGCAAGAACUUAUUUGGCAAGAUCGUCGACAGAGGUUGUCGUGAGACAGCAUUCAUUUACGCGAUCACCAGUGCUGGAGUGACUCACGCAGUAUCGCGGGCAUGCGCUGAAGGUUCCAUAGAAUCCUGUACAUGCGACUAUUCGCACGUGGAACGAGCCCCGCACCGUACCCGCGCCGCUGCUGCAGCAAACGUCCGCGUCUGGAAGUGGGGAGGAUGCAGCGACAACAUCGGCUUUGGUUUUCACUUCAGUAGAGAGUUUGUUGACACCGGCGAACGAGGGAAAACUCUGAGAGAGAAGAUGAACUUGCAUAACAACGAGGCUGGCAGAGCGGUUCUAUCUAUACCAAACAAUCACAUUUCUCUGUGCACUCGUUUAGAAGCGCUUGUAUUAGGCAAUAGGAAAAUAUUUACUGUCUCCACUCCUCACGUCAUUUAUCUACCUUCUUUGAAUGAUGAAUGUCCCUACAGUAUGAUUUAUGAUGUGGCUACGUGCGGUGACGACCGGCCCACCUCCUCACGAUUUGUAACAAUUUGCUUGAUCCAUGUGCAGUCAGAAAUGCGACAGGAGUGUAAAUGCCAUGGAAUGUCGGGUUCGUGUACGGUCAAGACGUGUUGGAUGCGACUACCCAGUUUCCGCUCUGUCGGCGACGCGUUAAAGGACCGUUUUGAUGGCGCGUCGCGUGUCAUGGUGCCAAAUACUGAUCUCGAGGCGCCCGCCCAGAGGAACGACGCGGUGCCACACAGAGUUCCGCGCAGAGACCGUUAUAGGUUUCAAUUGCGGCCGCACAACCCGGACCAUAAGUCACCGGGAACUAAGGAUCUCGUGUAUUUGGAGUCGUCGCCGGGGUUUUGCGAGAAGAAUCCCCGGCUGGGCAUCCCGGGCACGCACGGGCGCGCCUGUAAUGACACCAGCAUCGGCGUCGACGGCUGUGACUUGAUGUGCUGCGGUCGCGGCUACCGGACUGAGACUAUGUUUGUAGUGGAACGGUGCAACUGCACGUUCCACUGGUGCUGCGAGGUGAAAUGUAAAGUUUGUCGCACCGAAAAAGUGGUACACACGUGUUUAUAG